GGGGGCGCUGUGGGAGAGGGAAAAAAAAAAGAACCGGAAGCGACUCGCGCACCACACCGGAAGUGCUUCUCUAUCCGAACCGGAAGCGAAGCGCAGAAGGCCGGAAGUGACGCCUUCUGGAGCUGAGGGAAGAAGCGCCGCGAUGGCGGAGGAAGGCAAAGGGGGGUACAGCGAGCACGAUGACCGCGUUGGGGGCAGAGGAUUUUCGGGCCGCCGAAAGAAAGGCCGCGGGCCGUUCCGGGGGAAAAUGUACAGCGAGAUGAACAACCGCAAUUCGCGGAACCGGGGGGGGCCCCCGAACGUCCGGCAGCGACCGGAGGAGGACGACGGGGACGUGGCCAUGAGCGACGCCCACGAUGCUCCGCGGGGCCGAUAGUGAGAGCGGGGCGCUGGGCCUCCCCCCCUUCCCUUCCCUUCCUUUCCCUUCCCUUCCCUUCCCUUCCCUUCC